CCUCUUCGAUUUAUGAUUAGGGAUUCAAAGAUUUUGAUUACCAAACUUGCUAACAUCACAAACACUCUGUAGACAAUGAUCUUGCCAGACCCUCCAUUUCAACCGAGCUGCACUUUUUCCUAUAAAAAUUGGUGGCGAGACUACUUCCAUCCUCGGUUCCUCGGUGUUAUGGACAAUAUUUCUGUUCUGGCUCCUUUACCACUCACCAAAAAAUUUGAAGAGAAGAAAGUUGUAAAGGAAAGUGAAGACCUAGAAUCUGCCAUGGUCGCCCAGACCAGCCAGCCAGAUCUACCAAGGAGAGCGCCCAAAGCUCAAGUCAAAAGGAAGAUUGCUACUCCUGCAGAUUCCACGGAAGAAAAUACUCCCUCCAAGCAGCGAAGAACCGGAGUAAAACCAUCUGCAGCCAAGAAACUUAUCAAGUCUGCCUCUCCCUCGAGGUCCUCUUCUGCCACGGAAAUCGAGACGCAACCUAACAAAACAGAAGAUGUUACCCUCGGUCCUGUUGCCACAAAAGCUCCAUUUGAAGACAUAUCUACUAAGGGUGAUGAAAGCAAUUCUGGCUCUUCUCGUACCAAAUCUGGCGAUGGUUCUUCACCCGCCACAAAGAGUGUUGCUGCUGAUGUGUCCAUGAUUGAUGAUGAUUUGGAGAAUGAACUUCUUGCCCAACUGGACACGUUGAUGGAUCAUCCGGCUAAAUCUGGAUCUACCACAAAUAGUAAAGGGAAGGCAGUUGCUGAAGUGGAUUUUCAUAUCAACCUCCCUACCCAGGAGCAGAUUAGCUUUGCCAUUAUGACCUUGCAAGAGCUUUUUGAUGGUGAUCCUUCUCAUUUCUGCAAAGUGCCGGACCAGCCAGCCGCCUUUGAAGCGACUCAAAUCCUUAGUCGAGCUCCACAAUUAUCAUCUACUAAACAAAAGUUCUGGGCAGACUUCACCACCAUUUAUACGCAUUUCAGCAAGAGAUUACGGGUACUCGAGAGCAAAGUAGCAGCUGCAGAAUCUGUGAGGAUAUCUAUAGCGGAUAGCACUAAUACUAUCUUUAAGAAGAAGGAAGAAUUCUUGGCAGCAAAGGAGGCUCAUGUCAGACAAGUCAAACAUCUCCAAGAGCUUAAAGAAGAAAUCUCUAACCUUGAAGCCAAGCUUUUAGAGUUAAGAAACCAAGUUCCUCUUGCGGAGGAAAGUGAGAAGAGUUUGGCAGAACAAAGAAACAAGCUCCACGUGGACAUGGAAGCUGGCUUGAAAUCUACUACCAAGAUCAAGGAUCAGCUACCUUCUUUCACAGCCUCUGCAGAUGAAGUCGCUGAAGAAAUCAAGAACAUGAGAGAAGAAUGGAGCACUUGGCAAAACAACCUUUGUUGAUUUUUCUUUUAUGUAUCUCCUUGUCUCUUUCCUUGUACAUUGUCAUGUUUAACUUAUUGUUUGCGGCUUAUUGGCCAUACAAACUUCUUUUUCAAUGUUGAUCUCUUUCUUGGCUCAUAUUCUGGAAAUCUACUUGUACUUUUUGUUCAUACUUUGGUACAGGUUAAAAUUUGUCAUGGCCGAAAUCUAGCAACUGUGGUUGUUCACAGCCAAAUUUGGCCUACUUGCAGAUUCAGCUCAACACUUUUAUUGAAUGAUAAAAUGCUAAACAAUGAAAUAGAAUACUGUACAAAUCCUACCUCAAAUUUGUCUUAGGUAGAAUCAAUGGUAUCUAAACCCCUAGCCUCCCAUACCAUAAGAUAGUAAGGCUUAAAGUAGAUUCCAUUUAUUUUUCGAGAAUUUAACUCUCCAUUUAAUGAUUCAAGCCAAUAUGCUCCUCCUCUAAGCACUUCAUGUAUACAAAAUGGUCCUUCCCAAUUUGGAGACCAUUUCCCAAAUCUGGGGUCCUUCUUUCCAGGUAGCAGAAUUAAUUUCCAUACUAGAUCUCCUAUUGCCAGACUUCUAGAUUUCACCCCGUUUGUUGUAUGCUCGAGCCACUUUUAAUUUCUGCGUUUGCAGCAUAUCUAAGGCCGUCAAUCGCAUACCUUCAAGAUCUUCU